AAACUAAUCGAUGUUCUGAAAGAACAGUUGUGAUUACCUUCGUCCUUCAUUGAUUCCGCCGUCGCACAACUGUCGCCGUCGCCGAAACGACGUCCCCUUAGUAGCGGCGCUGCAUCUAGGGUUUUCGAUUCCGCCCUAAUCCGGACAGCAUCCCCAGCUAAUUUUUUUUUUUUGGUAUCUGUAAAUUGGUGCCCACCGUUGUUCGAAUGCGGAUUGGAUUUACGAAAAUGAAGCUGGAUUGCUAUCAGAGAACGUUCGCACAUUCUUCAUCUUCUUUGACUCCAAUUCAACUCCCCGCUCACCUGGAGACACAUCUCUGGUAUGUAAAACCCAGUGAAGUAAAGAAUGAAUCUUUGUUGAAGCAGUAUUUAGAUAUUUUAUCUCCACGUGAGAGGGAGAAUGUGAUGCAAAUGCGGGGUGAAGAGCUGAGGAAGAGCGCGUUGCUCGCGCGUACCUUGGUUCGAACCACAAUUGCCAGAUAUCAGAUAAACUCGCAGAUUAAUCCCAGAUCAUUGAAGUUUCGAAAAAACAUACAUGGAAAGCCUGAGGUAGAUUGGCAAUUCAGCAAUGAUUCGCUUCCACCUCCGUUGCAUUUCAACAUCUCCCACACUUCUUCUUUGGUAGCAUGUGGAGUGACCGUCGAUUCUCAAAUUGGUAUUGACGUGGAAGAAAAGCACAGAAGUAUCAAACACACCGUUCUAUCUUUUGCUCGACGUUAUUUCUCUAAACACGAAAUUCAAUUCUUAGCCUCCAUUACUGAUCCACAAGUUCAGAAACUGGAGUUCAUCAAAUUAUGGACACUAAAGGAGGCAUACGUGAAAGCUUUAGGAAAGGGAUUUUCUGGUGCACCUUUUAAAACAUUUACGAUUCGAUUCAAGGAGGACUCGAUUCAUCAGGCAUCUGAAAUAGUAGUGGAUUCUUUUGACGAACCGACCGAGCUUACAAGCAAUUGGCAAUUUUCGCUUUUGGAGUUAGCUAAUUCACACUAUGCAGCCAUUUGCACAGAGAAGCAUGCUGCCUCUGCAGAAGGCAAAAGAAAUGUUCCGACAAAAUUGACUGUAUGGAAGACUAUACCAUUUGUAGUCGACGAAUGUGUGUCUGGUACAGAUGCAGUUAAAACAAUCUAUGGUUAGGAUAACUGGUUUUCUUCUCCUUCUCCUUUCAUUCUGAUUCAGCUGGCAAUUGUAAAGUAUUUAUCUUUCAUAUGUGAACUUGUUCAUAAAGAUUAAUGAGUUCCGAAAAUUCGCCGA